UCAUUAUAGCUCAUUCUAAUACUAAUUCCAGGUUUUAACCCUCUAAUCUACAUCACUACACCAAGAAACUUAGGACAGUCCAACUUCUUUGGGCCCUUGACAUUGGACGAUGCCAGGUGCGAUGUGUCAGCAAGCCAGCUCUGGCCCAGCACUUGAGAUAGCUUUCUGCGCUCCAAACUCGGCCCCCAGGGCAUGCUGUCAAGACAGUUGCCCAUCUACUGCGUAUACGAGCUGCACCCAUGCACUCCUCAAUUCAUGAUUAAGUGAGCAGCGCCGUCGUCCUCGUACAAUUAUGUAACUACAGGGGCCCAGACUCAGGCUCUCUCCCCCGCGCCUGAAGAAUCCCAGCAACGAAGCCGCCACUCUUGCCAGGGCCGUUUUCCCCACCUUUUCGUAUAUCGAACAUUUAACCCACUACAUUUAGAGCUGUGGAAUAUUACUAUAUAAGUAGAUAAUAUUUCUUCCUUUACGCCCAUCAAUUAUAUGUACUGUAUAUACAUACUAUAGGAUAAAUAAAGCUUACCUGACACGUCCGAAUCGCUAAAUAUUUCCAAUAUCAAGUUAUCACAUCGUCAGCACCCACCAUAAUUUCCCCCGCCAUGGAUCUCAUGAUAUGCUCGAUGUGCGGUGCUCAGCACGACACUCGCUCUGCCAAAUCGUGCAAGGUAUGCGAUGAUCCACGCCAAUACAUCCCGCCAGAAGGACAAUCAUGGACAACGCUCCGCCAGCUGCAACAAUCCAAAAAAUACCACAAUGAAUUCCGCAUGGACAAGAACCACUCCGGCCUCAUCAGCAUCUACACCGUGCCGCAGGUAGCCAUUGGCCAACGUGCCCUCCUCUGCUGCACAUCCGCCGGUAACGUGCUCUGGGACUGCCUCACAUACAUCGACGACGAGACCGUCAGCUACAUCAACGACCUGGGUGGCCUCAACGCAAUCGUCAUCUCGCAUCCGCACUACUACUCUACCGUCGUCCAUUGGGCGGAGGCAUUCCAAUGUCCCGUUUACAUCUCCGUUGAGGACGAGGAGUGGCUGAUGCGCCGGGCGCCCGUGACCAGCACGAUUUCCGCGGCGCAGAGCAAAACAGGCCACGAGAAGAUUACUGGUAUUUUGUUGUGGGAGGGCAAGGAGCUGAAUCUACUCGGGGGUGCGGUUACGGCUGUGAAAGUGGCCGGCCAUUUUCCGGGGAGCUCUGUGCUCCUGUGGAAGGAGACGAGGAAGCUGCUUGUAGCAGAUAGCAUCAUGGUGGUACCCAGCGGGGUGUACCAUACUGACCGCCUGCCGGGCACCACCUCGUUCACGUUCAUGUGGUCGUAUCCGAAUUCUAUUCCACUCCCUCCAGAUGAUGUACAUGCAAUCUGGAAAGCGGUCCAACACCUUGACUUCGAUGACACCCACGGAGCAUUCUGGGGACGUGAUACCAUCGGCCAGAGCAAGAAGAGGCUUUUGGAAAGUGCGCAGAUAUAUAUCAAGUUCGCGGGAUACGCGGAUCAUGCGAUUCAUCAGGAGAAGAUCAAAGGGUAGUUUUGAGUGAUGGCAUGUGUGCUCCAGGUUGUGUAUAUAGGAAUUAUUACUGUAGAUAUAUUGUCAGUGUCAUUUGGGGGUUGAAAUGAGCAUAGGGUAUGGCGGUAUCUAAUGGUAUCUAUGGAUGGUACUGGCUGGUAGUUUUUAUGAUGAAAUGAAACAGUACUCAUGGGUUAUCUUGUUUCUCGGAUGUUACUGUACUAA